AGAUGACAAAAACGACGUCGUUUAGAAACUUUGAAAUUGAAAGAGAUAACGCAUAGGUAACGACAACAAUAGUGCAAUACUACAUCAGAAACGAGAACCAACAUCAACAGAACCACCACAUCGUUAUGGCUACGGCGGAUUCCGACGCUAUCACACCGCCUCAGGAUGAUUCUUCCGACUCCGUUUCCAAUUCACCCAACGCCCUCGUUCCCGCCGCUCCCGCCGUUUGUCUACUUCGCUUCGCCACUGACUCCGCCGGCGGCGCUUUCAUGGGUUCCGUUUUUGGAUACGGUGCUGGAUUGUUUAAGAAGAAAGGUUUUAAAGGAUCCUUUGUAGAAGCGGGUUCUUAUGCGAAGACAUUCGCAGUUUUGUCUGGAGUUCAUAGUUUGGUUGUUUGCAUCUUGAAAAGACUUCGAGGAAAGGAUGAUGUCAUUAACGCAGGAGUAGCUGGAUGUUGCACCGGUCUUGCUCUAAGUUUUCCGGGUGCACCACAAGCUCUUCUGCAAAGCUGUCUCACUUUUGGGGCAUUUUCUUUUAUCAUGGAAGGGCUAAACAAGCAGCAGCCAGCACUUGCACUUCCCGUCUCCUGGAAAACAGGGGUGCAACACAAUGCAAGACUUCCCUUGGUACUCCCCCUUCAAUUCCCACUUCCAAAUGAAGUGAAAGAAGCUUUCUCCUUUUUCUCCGAGUCUUUGAAAAAGCGCAACAAGGGAACUUAUCCUACAUCUCGAUAAGAUAUCUCAAUAUCAUGAUUUUCUUGCAUCAUGUAGAUAAGAUAUGCACCCACCCUUCUUUGCUUUUAUUUAGGUUCCUUGCAGCUUUUAUCAACAUUUCUUUUUGAAGAACUUGAGGGUGAUGAGACAUUGUUGUUAUUGAGUUCUACUAAUAUAGCAUCUUGGUUCUAUCAUGGCUUUUCCUGGUGAAUGGUUUGAAACUCCAAAGGACUAUCUGUAAUGAUUUAUUGAGUUUUACGCACUUACCGUCCUAAACA